UUUUCCUCCACACUUCCUCGGCUCUCCUCUGGCAGAUGGUGUGAAAGCGGCUGCGGACGAGAAGAGCCGGACUACUCCCCCCCGACACCCCUCCUCACUCGUCUCCUCCGACGAAGGGGUGGUCGCGCAGCCACUUUCAGCACCGAGCUCCCAACGAGCGCCCGGGCGCCGCGCGCUGCGCCACGGCCGGUCAACGCAGAGCGCAGGAGCCGCCGAGGGGAGAUCCGCGCGCGGGGGUCAGUCCGAGGGCCGCGUGCAGGGGCCGGUGCGCAGCGGUCACUUUGGGGUGGCCAGACGUCGGCCGGUUUUGGGGCCAGUUUGGCCAGCUACCGGAGCCGCAGGAGGAGGAGGAGGAGAAGGAGAGCCGACCCUUCCAGCGCCGCUCUCCAGGCGAUGCCAGUGUAAAUGCCAGGGCGAUGUCCCGACGCAAGCAGGGGAACCCGCAGCACCUGUCCCAGAGAGAAAUAACACCGGAGGUUGAGCAUCCAGAUGGCGCUCUGCUCUCCGACUCCCUGCCCCCCCACCCGCUCGGCCUGCCGACCCACCCGCUCGGCCUGCACCCCCACCCCCUCGACCCCAGCCUGGCCCACGCCUUGCCCCCCGGCCUCCACGUCGACCACGACCUGCUGACCUGCGGCCAGUGCCAGAUGACCUUCCCGCUGGGGGACAUCCUCCUCUUCAUCGAGCACAAGAAGAAGCAGUGCCAAACGCCGCUGCUGCCCAAUGGCUGCUACGACAAGAUGAACGACCGAGGCGGCGGCGGAGGGGGAGGGGACGGAGGAGGAGGGGGCAGCCCCACUCUGCAGAGUCUUCAUCACUUUGCCCAGCGGGGGGAGCUAAGGAAGGUGGUGGAGCCGGUGGAGAUCGGCAUCCAGGUCACCCCAGAGGAGGAGGAGGAGGUCGGGAGACGGGAACGAGGUGAGAGGGGAGAACAGACGCCCACCAAAGGAAUUUGCCCCAAGCAGGAGAACACACUGGCAGGCGGCAGGGACGAGCCCUCCAGCUACAUAUGUACUACCUGUAAGCAGCCCUUCCCCAGUGCCUGGUUCCUGCUGCAGCAUGCCCAGAACACCCAUGGCAUCCGCAUUUACCUGGAGUCCAACCCCUCCAGCACAGCCCUCACUCCACGCCUCACCAUGCCUCCGCCCCUGGGCAACGACUCCAUCCCGCAGUCCCCCCUCACCAACUUCCUAGGCGACAACAACCCCUUCCACCUCCUGAGGAUGACGGGGCCCCUGCUCCGGGAACCGCCGCCGGGCUUCGUGGAGAACCGUCUCCCCAACACGCCUCCGUUUGUCAGUCCGCCUCCCCGCCAUCACCUGGACCCCCAUCGGCUGGAACGCCUUAGCGCCGAGGAAAUGGGCCUCAUCUCCCAGCACCCCAGUGCCUUUGAAAGGGUGAUGCGGCUAACGCCGAUGGGCAUGGAGUCCCAGUCCAUGGACUUCUCCAGGCGGCUACGCGAGCUGGCAGGGAACACGAACAGCACCACACCACCGCUGUCGCCCGGCAGGCCCAACCCUAUGCACCGACUACUAAACACCAACCCCUUCCAACCCGGGCCCAAGUCGCCCUUUCUCAGCACCCCACCUUUGCCACCGAUGCCCCCAAACAGCACCACCCCUCCUCAGACACAGAACAAGGUCAAGUCCUGUGAGUUUUGCGGAAAGACUUUCAAGUUCCAGAGCAACUUGGUGGUGCACCGGCGCAGCCAUACUGGAGAGAAACCAUACAAGUGCCAGCUGUGCGACCACGCCUGCUCCCAGGCAAGCAAGCUCAAACGCCACAUGAAAACCCACAUGCACAAAGCCGGAUCCCUGACGGGUCGCUCGGACGACGGUCUGUCCACCACGAGCUCCCCGGAGCCAGGCACCAGCGAUGUCACGGGCGAGGGCAUGAAAAACCGGGACGGGGACUUCCAGGGCGAAGGCAAUGAGGAGGAAGAGGAGGAGGAGGAAGAAGAGGAGCUUGAGAAUGAGAGUCGGCCAGAGUCAAACUUCAGCAUGGAGUCUGAAUUCUACCGGAACAGGGAGAACGGAGCCAAACCUCAUUCAGAAGAGAAGUCAUCCAUAGCCCUCGACAAGAUGGUAGAAGGUGGGGGACUCAACUCGAUACAGCAGUACAAUAACUUGAUAGUUGACAAUCGUAAACGGUUGCCCUUCUCCAAGAGGGGCUCGGACGGCCAGCGGGACACUGGAGACGAGGAUUCGGUGGUUGGGGAGAUGAACCACCACCAGCAGGAAGAGAGGACAACCAUUAAUGGCCGGAACUGUGGCUCCGGUGACUCUUUCUCAGGCCUGUUUCCCCGCAAACCCACCCCCAUCACCAGCCCCGCCCUGUCCAACUCCUCCAACAAGAGGAUCAAGAUCGAGAAGGACUUGGACAUCCCCCCAGCCCCUCACAUCCCCUCCGAGAACGUGUACUCCCAGUGGCUGGUGGGUUACGCCGCCUCCCGCCACUUCAUCAAAGACCCUUUCUUAGGCUUCACUGACUCCAGACAAUCGCCCUUCGCCACUUCCUCCGAGCACUCGUCGGAGAACGGCAGCCUGCGGUUCUCCACGCCCCCGGGCGACCUGCUGGACGGCGGCCUGUCGGGCCGCAGCGGCACCGCCAGCGGGGGCAGCACACCUCAUCUAGGCGGGGGCGGCGGCCCCGGUCGACCCAGCUCCAAGGACAGCCGGCGGUGCGACACCUGCGAGUACUGCGGCAAGGUGUUCAAGAACUGUAGCAACCUGACGGUGCACCGGCGCAGCCACACCGGCGAGCGGCCCUACAAGUGCGAGCUGUGCAACUACGCCUGCGCUCAGAGCUCCAAGCUCACGCGCCACAUGAAGACGCACGGCCAGCUCGGCAAGGAGGUGUACCGCUGUGACAUUUGCCAAAUGCCCUUCAGUGUGUACAGCACUCUGGAGAAACACAUGAAAAAGUGGCACGGAGAACACUUGAUGACCAGCGAGGUCAAAAUCGAACAAGCAGAGAGAGUCUGAAGAAAGUUGACUAUUUCCAUACUCUGCUACACACUUUGACUGAAAUUCAAACAAAAAAAAAAGAAAAAAGAGAAAAAAAAAUGGGGUAGCUGGAUGUUUUUUUUUUUUUUUUUUAUAAAAUGUUAAUUUUUUUUGGGUUUGUUUUGUGUCUUUGAUUAAAAAAACUGCCAACUGAGAAAAAAAAAUGAACACAGAGAUCUUACACCAACUGAAGCUGUCUAAACUGCCUCAUUUGGCAUUCAUUUUUAAACAAUCAGUCAGUUGAGUUAUAAAAAUGUGGAGCCUUUAACUGUGCAAUAAUUUCUGUAUUUAUUGGAUUUUGUAUUUUGGCAUGUGCAGGUACAUUUUUAUUAGGCAUUUUUGAAAAAAAAAAAAAGAAGUUUUACGUUUACUUUUUCGUUUUGUUGUUUUUCAGAAUCCAUUUGAUAUCCUGAGAGUUCUUUAGAGGAAAGAUAUCCAUUUUAAGUGUUUUUUUUUUUUUUUUUUAAUGGCCACUGCUUGUAGGAAAUUGUAUAUUAAGCUAAAUGUGUAAUUUCUUGAAAAGAUGCUGAAUUCAAUCUCCAAUUUGAAAGUGGCGUGAACUGAGAAUGCUAGAACUAGUCUAUUUUGUGUGACGAUACGCGGACAACAAUCCUUUGGCAUUGUAGCAUGAACUGACUCUAAAACAUGUCAAUAUAAUUGGAUAUGUAGCACUGAGUGUCAUAUUUGACGGUAAAUGUAAAAAACAAAACAAAAAAAAAAAAAACCAGAGUGAAAGAGGAUCCCAAGGUUCAUAAACCCCGCCUCCUCACGAGAAACGCCCAAACCAGCCAGAAGGUUCUCGAUAAGGCAGCUGCUGACCGGUACGUAGUGCCAAGCUCCGACGAACGCUACGACAACCAUCCCUCCACACACUCCUCCUCUCACAACCAUUCCACCUACAUUCAUGUCUUAUGUUUUGCAGGAAGCCAAAUGAUCCAGGCUGUGUUAUUUAUUUAACGAGAGCAUGAAGCCAUGAUGAGUAUGCAUAGGAAGAGAUGGAAGAAGGAGAGAGAGAGAGAGAGAGAGAGAGAGAGAGCACAGGGUACAUCUCAGGGUAAACUUUACUACUUUCCUUACUUUACCCAAUUCAUUCCUGCUCGGCAAACCGCUUUUCAAGGCAUUUUCAUGUCAUCUUUAGACCUGGUGAGCAGACACAGUUUCGAACUCUCCCUCAAACCCAAACCGGGCAAAUCUCCAAGCUUUGUGUCAAAAGCCACUUAUUUUUAACCAGUGUUUCAAAUUUGAGCGUUAAUCUGUUCAGAAAGGGUUAAAUGUUUAUGCAUACAUGGCAGACGCAGCCACUUUAAUUAGAUUGGUUAAAAUAGUACACACACAGACACAGACACACACACACACACACACACACACACACACACCCUAAAUCUGCAUCCUAUGCAUUUCUUGAGCUCAAAUAUAUUUGUUGAAAUGACAUUAGUGGUAAAUUUUGACUUGUUAAUGUUCUCGUGGUGCUUAUAAUUGUAUAGUCUGAAUAAUGAAGAAUUAGGAAUUGGGAAUUCCUCAAAGUGUCAUUAUGUCAAACACGUUUGUGGAGAAGAGGACAAUGUAUCAGUGUGUGCUGGAAUAAUAAAUUUCUAUGAAGACAAGUGGCAUCAGUUUGCUCCAUUUCAAAAAACAUAAUCAUGACCUGAGUUGAUUGCUUUUCUUAAUCGAUGUCCCCAUUCACUGUCUGAACGGCACUUUUUAAAGAACAAACAAAUCAUACUCCUUGAUUUCAAAGUGAAAAUCUCACAACAGACCUGCACUUUAUGAUUUGUUUUUUUUUUUCCACCACUUUUCACACACACACACACACACACACACACACACACACUCACACACACACACAGCUGGACAGAAAAAGGUACGUCAAGGGUCUGGAGCUUUGGGAUCUCCGAAUGCUGAAGUGCCCCGGGUUUUCUCCUCACGCCGGCACUAUAAAAAAAACAAAUAAUUUAAUAACUAAACUUAAUUUAUUCGGGACAGUUUCUGUACUGCCAUUCAAUUUGACAUGAGUGUGCCUUGAAUCCUUUAGAUAUUGAUCUUCCUAUUUAUUGUCUAAGACAAAUGCAACACUUUUUAUAGAGUGUCAAAUUGAACUCGACGUGGAAAUAAAAAAGUGUAAAAUUGACGGAAUUAUUUGAAUUCAUACAAACGAUGCUGAGUUUAGGUUUUUUUGGGAACGCCCAGCACAAUAUUAACGUGUCUGUGUGUGUAUAUAUGUAUGCAUAUGUACAUAUAAAGGCACAAAACCUUAUAUAUAGAUCUAUAUCGAAAUUCCUUCACUCAACUGGGACAAAGCGUCCGUCCCUCAGCAGGACACUCCGGGAGCGGACGACCAAAAGCCACACAAAAAGUCAAGGAAGAGACUGGAAAAUCAGGAAAACGUUUAAAAAGAGAAAAAAGUGAAGAAAAAAAAAAGAAUUUAGUGCACUCUGUCUUAAAAUAAGUUUACAGUAUUGAUACAAGUACAAGGGUAAAAUAUUUGUGUGUAUGUGUGUUUUAAGCAAGUAUUUUAUUUUCAGGUUUGCUUCUGAACUUUCUCUGAAUGCCGAAGAGUGGCAACGUGUAUAUUGUUUUUUUUAAUAUUCUUUUGUCUUUUUCUUUCUUUCUUUCCUUCAUUUCUUUCUUUUUUUUUUUUUUUUUUGGUGGCGGGGUUGAGUAUAUAUAUAAAUAUAUAAAUAUAUAUGAAUAUAUAUGACAUUUUUCUUGUUUACUGUAAAAGUAUACCAGUAUUUGUAAUAUUGGAGAAUGCCUGGGCAUUUUACAAAAAUAUAAAAAAGUUUUUUGUUUGUUUUUUUUAGAUUUUAUUUUUUUUUUUAAUUAUUAUUUUACAGUCCAAUUUAAAUUGUGGGUCUCUUAAACUGUUUUUUGUCACUGUAACUGUAAAAGUCUUAAGUUUUAGUAACUUUAUUCUGCCUUGGGUGUAAUGAAAUUAAAAAAAUAAUAAAUGAAUU